CGGCGCCCGGUGCGGAGCCCAGAGACUCGGCCGCCCGCACGCCCCGCGACGGAACCCGGCUCCUCUUGCGCCUCCGGCCGCGAGACUCUCGCCUGGGACGCAGCGCAAGCAGGGAGCGCGGCGGCCCGAGUCUCCCUGAGCCAUGGGCAACGAGGCGAGCUUGGAAGGGGAAGGACUCCCCGAAGGGCUGGCGGCCGCGGCGGAGGCAGCGGCCGGAGGAGGGGCUGGCGGGGCGGGGAGCCCCUUGCCCACCGUGAUCCCGGCCGGCAUGGAGGCGGAUUUGAGCCAGCUGAGCGAAGAGGAGAGGAGGCAGAUCGCCGCUGUCAUGUCAAGGGCGCAGGGGCUGCCCAAGGGAAGCGUCCCCCCGGCCGCUGCGGAGUCGCCUUCCAUGCACAGAAAACAAGAGUUGGAUAGUAGUCAUCCUCCAAAGCAAUCAGGAAGACCCCCAGACCCUGGACGUCCAGCUCAGCCAGGCCUCAGUAAAAGUAGAACCACAGACACUUUUAGGCCAGAGCAGAAGUUGCCUGGGAGGAGUCCUUCCACUAUUAGCUUGAAAGAAUCAAAGUCCAGGACUGAUUUUAAGGAAGAGCACAAGUCUAGUAUGAUGCCUGGCUUCCUCUCAGAGGUUAACCCUUUAAGUGCUGUCUCCUCUGUUGUAAAUAAAUUCAAUCCUUUUGAUUUGAUAUCAGACUCUGAGGCAUCCCAGGAAGAAACCACCAAGAAACAAAAAACAAUUCAGAAGGAACAAGGAAAACCUGAAGGAACCACAAAACCCCCAUCACAACAACAGUCACCCAAACCAGAUCCAAAGCAGCAAGGACCACUUCAACAGGAUGGCUCUCCCAAAUCAGUGUCUUCUCAGCAACCAGAAAAAAUUAAAUCACAACCUCCAAGUACAGGAAAGCCAAUUCAGGGUCCUGCCCAGACUCCUCAGAUAGACCAGGCAAAAUUGCCACUUCAAAGAGAUGCAACCAGGCCUCAGACUAAACAGUCAGACAUAGUAAGGGGAGAAUCAGUUAAACCCUCACCACAAAGCCCAUCCAAACCACCUCUUCAGCAAGCAACUCCAGGAAAAUCUCCAGCACAGCAGGCUGGACCUGAAAAAUCACAGCCUGGUCCUGCAAAGCUCCCAGCUCAGCAACCAGGAUUAACAAAGCCACUGGCUCAACAACCAGGGGCAGUGAAGCCCCCAUUCCAGACCCCAGGGACAACAAAACCUCCAGCCCAGCCUCUUGGGCCUGCAAAACUUCCUGCUCAGCAGGCUGGGUCAGAAAAGCCUUCAUCGGAGCAGGCUGGGCCAAAGUCUGUAACUCAGCCUCCUGGAGUUGGAAAGACUCUAGCUCAGCAGCCGGGGUCAGCAAAGCCCCCAACCCAGCAGCUGGGGACACCUAAACCCCCAGCUCAGCAACCUGCGCCACAGGCUUCAGCUAAGCCUCCUGGGCCUACAAAGACUCCCGCUCAGCAGGCUGGGCCAGUGAAGUCUCUUGCUCAGCAGCCUGGUCCAGGAAAGACUACAGCUCAACAGGUGGGCCCAGGAAAACCUCCCAUCCAGCUGCCUGGUCCAACAAAGACCCCACCUCAACAGCCCGGCUCAGCAAAACCCUCAGCUCAACAGCCUAGCCCAGCAAAGCCUUCAGCUCAGCAGUCUACAAAACCAGUAAGCCAAACCGGACCUGGGAAACCUUCACAGCCACCAACAGCUUCUCUGUCUGCAAAACAGACUCCACUGCAAGGCCACUCUAAAACCAUCUGUCCUCUUUGCAAUACCACUGAACUUCUGUUGCAUGUUCCAGAAAAGGCCAAUUUUAACACAUGUACUGAGUGUCAAACCACUGUCUGUAGCCUCUGUGGUUUUAAUCCCAAUCCUCAUUUAACCGAGAUAAAAGAGUGGGUCUGUUUAAACUGUCAGAUGCAAAGAGCUCUAGGAGGUGAUCUGGCUCCAAUUCCAUCAUCACCCCAGCCCAAACCGAAGACUGCGCCUGUUCCUCCACCACCAACAGGAAGCAAAUCAUCCCCACAGUCACAGCAGAGUUCCCCAAAGAAGGAUCCUGCCUCCAAACAGGAUAUCCCCAAGGCACCUGAGUCUAAAAAACCACCACCACUAGUGAAACAACCAACCCUUCAUGGUUCUCCCCCAGCCAAGUCCAAGCAGCCUCCUGAGGCAGAGUCUUUGUCCAAGUCAGCCCCUCCCAAAGAGCCUUCUGUCUCAUCUGAACAGGCCAAGGUCCCUGUUGCUGAUGAUAAACCAAAGCAACCCAAGGCAGUAAAGCCCCCCACAGACAUCGAAUCCCCAUCAUCAGUAACAACAAAACCGGAUAUUCCGAGUUCUGAAGUACAGUCACAACCUCAAGAGAAAACAACUCCUCUGCUAAAAACAGACUCUGCCAAACCCUCACAUAGUUUUCCACCAACAGGGGAAAAAGUCACCCCAUUUGAUUCUAAAGCCAUACCUCGACCUGCAUCAGAUUCAAAAAUUAUUUCACAUCCUGGGCCUAGUUCAGAGAGCAAAGGUAAAAAACAAAGUGAUCCAGUUCAAAAGAAAGAAGAACCUAAGAAAGCACAAACCAAAAUGACUCCUAAACCAGAUGCCAAGCCAAUGCCAAAAGGGUCACCAACACCCCCUGGCCCACGAUCUACCACUGGCCAAACUAUCCCCACAUCUCAACAACCCCCAAAGCCUCAGGAGCAGUCAAGACGUUUCAGUCUGAAUCUGGGAAGUAUUACUGAUGCCCCUAAAUCACAGCCUACAACUCCUCAAGAAACUGUGACUGGGAAACUCUUUGGGUUUGGAGCAUCAAUCUUCAGCCAGGCAUCAAAUUUAAUUUCCACGGCAGGCCAGCCUGGACCUCAGUCACAAAGUGGGCCAGGAGCCCCGACAAAACAAGCUCCUCCCUCUUCACAGCCGCCUACUUCUCAGGGGCCACCCAAAUCCGCAGGUCAGGCACCACCAGCACCUGCAAAGACUACACCAGUGAAAAAGGAAACAAAAGCCCCAGCAGCUGAAAAAGUAGAGCCCAAAGCCCAACAAAUUCCAACAGCAAAAAGAACAGAAACAGAAAAAAAGCCACCACCUGUUAAAGAUAGCAAACCUUCAACAGCUGAACCUCAAAAGGCUGUCCUUCCCCUCAAAGCAGAAAAGACCCUCAAACCAGAAUCAACCUGUCCACUCUGCAAAACUGAACUCAACAUAGGUUCUAAAGAUUCUCCUAACUUCAAUACUUGCACUGAAUGCAAGAAUCAAGUAUGUAAUCUCUGUGGAUUUAACCCUACACCACACUUGACUGAGGUGUUCGGCAAACACCUCCUAUGA